CUCGUUAAAUUGUUUUUUCAGACGUGUUGGUUCAGUCGUGACGGAAAAAAAGUGCCGCAAGUUCUCUCGAGUUUUUCAGUGAUUUUCUUUUAGAUUUUUCCACAAAAAGUGUUAAAAUUCUAUUAGGAAAAGUGUAGUGAAUCCCCUGAAGGACGAAUACCACCAAGAAGAAGCGAUUUUCUGCGGGAAAAGAGGAUUAACAGAUUGCUGAAGAAACAUGGGACUUAAAGAGGACUUUGAUAAAGCUGCUGAGGAAGUGAAGAAGCUGAAGGCUUCUCCGAGCAAUGAGGAUCUCUUGGAACUCUACGCUCUCUUUAAGCAGGCAACCGUAGGAGAUUGCAAUACCGCCAGGCCAGGCAUGCUGGACUUGAAGGGAAAGGCCAAAUGGGAUUCGUGGAAUGGAAAGAAAGGACUUUCCACUGAUGAUGCCAUGAAGCAAUAUAUUGAGAAGGUGACGAGCUUAAUUGCUGAGAUUGGGCUUGCCUAAAUCCUUUAGGAAUUGCAAAUUUUAUGGUAUAGUUUUGAGCAGGAAAGACUCAAAAGCACUUCCUCAUCAAUGGGCAUUUAUAUUGGGAGCACAGUUUUCUAUUACGUCUAUUUUGUACCAAUUAAUUCUUUUUUGUUACAUUGAUUAAAAAAAAAGAAAUAAGUCAAUUUAUUAUCAAGAAAAAAAUUAUUUUUUAUUUUGUCAUCUUGCAAAUUAUUUUGUACAAAAAAAAGGAAGAUUUACAGUCAGUCUUUCUGGUGGAUUUUUCAGAGGUAGCCACCAAAUGGCUCCUCCCGAGAAACUACAUUGAGAUUGUUGUAAUACCAGGAAUGUAUAGAUAUUUAUCAUUGUCAUCUAUUGUUAUAUUUGUUUCACAAGAUGAUCUAUGGCUAUCAAUUGUGUAGAUUUCUGUCUUUCUGCUAAUGUCCACUGAUCCUCUGACACUGAAUAGGGAGAAGCGUCUCUUUUGGAGCCCAUCUCGCCUCUGUGAGCCUCUCAGAUUGAUCCUUAGGACAAUCAGAAUGGCAACAGCUACCAGUAUUCCACUGGAAACUGCUACAAUUGUUAGGAUUUCAUGUGGUUCCCCGUCUGAAGACACUUUUGCGAUAUCUGUAGUGAAGAAAAAUUGAGGAAAUAAAUUUAAUUUCGUGCUGUAGAAAAUCUCUUUACCAAUAUUUAUUGAGAAAUUUUCAAUAGAGCACUGUUACACUGCCAUUGGUAUUUAUAAGUUCACAUUACAUUAUUUUUAACUGCUUAGAAGUGGAUUAUUUGAUGAAAAUCAAAAAAAAAAAUCUCCAAGAAUUAUUUACUCAAAAUCAUGUCUUUUAUUUGAAUUGGGUCUUCUAGAAGAAUUUUUUGUGAAAGAUUCACAGAAUUGAAGGUCAAUUUGAGCAAAGAUCAAUAUAAAUUUCAAUCAGAAUAUUCCCGGUAUUUUGAUUUGCAAUUUACUCAGUUAUUUUUCCUGGGAGAAUAGAAAGCAUAUUAUGGGCUUUGUACAGAUUAGAAAAAUGAUGAUUUCGUGGAAAAAUGAUAGCUCGCUAUUAAAAUUUGACAAAAGCUUCUUGAUGGUUAAUAAUGUUCCGUCCAUAGGGUAAUAUGUGGUAAUUUCGAAUCAUGUUUUUGUUUUGGAAUUUGGAGAUUUUCUUAUAGAUUCAGAUAGGCAAACAAAAAAAGACCACGAAAUAGAAGAGCAAAGAGAAAAAAGAAAGGAUGCAUUACUUCUUUGGGUUCUUUAUCUUUUUAUUAUCUGAAACCGUCAGAAAA